AUGUAGUCUUCGCGAGACCCAUAUCACCAAGUACCAAUGAUCUUUUUUGAUGGUCAGAAAAAGAACGUGAUCAAAGUUUUCGGCAAUAACUGCAAAAACAAUCAUCAAUUCAGUAUAGGCUGGGAUGUCCCAUCCUUAGGGACAGUCUAAAGAGUAUCUAAUAAAGUAGGAAUUGAAACAGGAUUUGUCAUUCCAGACUACACUGUUAUCACUUACAAAAAUAUCAAUAAAGAACCACCACAAGCCCACAAUCCGUAAGUCAAUCAACCUUAAUCUAAUAAAUUCGCCACGUUGGCUCAGAAGAACCUCGUAUAAGAUAACUACAAAAACGAAAUAAUAGUCUAAAAGAGCAUUGACAAUGGCAUAGAAAAGUUUAAGUCUGAGGAAAAUCUGAAAGAAUAAACUAAUAAACAAAUAAGAGACAUAUUAGCUAAGCAACGAAGAGAAAACUAACAACAUCUAAAAUACAAAGCUUGAUUUAGCCAUAGAAUAAUUACUAUUAUGUGACCAAAAA